AUGUCGGGUGAGAGUUGUUUGAUAAAUUCAUGGACAGAAUGGGGACAAUUAGAAUUGGUUUGUGUGGGAAAUGCUCGAGGAAUGUGUUAUCCCGAUGAUGAAUAUGCAUUUCCUUGGCAUGAAGUUACAAAUGAUCAAAUGAGACGGUAUGUGACGUCGUUUGUUGGUUAUCGGCCAACUUCUCGGAUUGAGUUGGCUCAAGAACAACUGGACAAUUUGUCGAAUAUUUUGCAGAGUGAAAUGGUUCAAGUGAAAACAAUUGAAGAAAUGGAUGAAGACAUCAAUGUUUUAUUGAAAAGAAAACGUACCUGUUUGGAGAAGAGUUCAAUGGAUGAGAAAGUUUUAUGUAAACAAAAAGUCGAAGUAUGUCGAUCACCAGCGGAUGGGAAACAAUUUGAUCAGCCGAUUCAAACUCCUUUCUUUCGAUCUCAUUUUCAAUCUGGUCUCGCAUGUCCACGAGAUGUGUUGAUUACCUUAGGAAACACAAUUGUAGAAGCACCGACAGCGUUUCAUACACGUUAUUUCGAAGGAAGCUUUUAUCGCGAGAUGAUUUANAUACGGCACCGGCAAAGGAAUCGAGGUAUCCCGGGCCGGUUUGUGUUGCGAGCUGGUAACGCCCUUUCAGUGCCGCCCAGGCAGAUUUGUAAAAGUCCGCCGCGCAGUAAAACAGCACUGGCAGGCUCAAUGCGAGGUUCAGGAUGCCGAAAAGUGUGCGAAGGUUUUGGUCCGAACUGUUUUGUCCUAAAUGGAAGUACUCGGGGAAGCUCAGCAUCAUGA